AUGAUCGUCGUGUUAUCACCAAAGUGUGCCGAAAAACAAAAACCCGAAUGGUGGCAGACCAAGGUCUCGUAUCAGCUGCUCACUCCGACCUUCUACGACACCGACAAUGAUGGUGUUGGAGAUUUCCGAGGCGUGAGCGAGAAAAUCGAUCUUCUACGGAAAAUCGGUGUCACAACGAUCUAUCCGAGCCCUGUGAUCGAAAUCGAGAAG